GCGAUUAUGACGGUACGAUUUGUAAAAGAGUACUGCGAUAACGUGAGAUACAUUAUCGUAACAGAUGAUGAUGUGCUAAUAAACCUUUGGGAGGUGAUAAACACUCUGGAAGUUUACUCUGGUAUCAAACAACCAAGAGAGGAACUGGAACGUACAAUAUUUUGUUACGUUUUCUACCACUUAAAAGCUAUUCGUGACCCAAAAAAUAGAUGGUAUGUAAGCAAAGCAGACUUCCCCGAUGACUAUAUGAAGAACUACUGUUUUGCGAUGAUAACUAUAAUUCCCAGGCAGCUUAUAGGAAAUAUGUUUAGAGCACUUAAAAAUGCAACUUAUAGCAACUUUGACGACUACUUUUUGACUGGAGAGUUGGCAACGAAAGCUGGAGCAAAAUUCAAAGAUUUUUCGUCUAAAGCGCUUCAUCACACUAUAAAAAAAAAUCGGUCAGGUUUUCUUCACAGGAGGAUCUAUUUUCAAGAAACUGAAACUAUUGAACAGGCGGAAGAAAUGUGGAACGAACUAAAGAAUGGAUACUACUCGCGGAAGGAAAAGUACAAGGAAGACAAAGAGUGGACUGGAUUUUGA